AUGUCUAAGCUCAGCAAUACAAAUUAUGAACAUUCAUUGCAAGACAUUCCAAAUAAAGGUGGAAUAAGUCUAAGUGAAAGAAAGCAAAGGAUAAUAUCUGUCGAAGAUUUACUUCCAAAGAAUAGCAGCUCGUCUGGACCUGCCAAGGCUGUAUAUAUAUCAAGGGCUCAAAGACAAAAAAACCUGGAGGAGGCUGCAAAACGGGAACAAUUAGACAGUGUCCGUACAGAAGAAAGAUUGAAGCGAAGGAAACGAGAAUUCAUACAACAAUCGGGAAGAAAUAGGGAGCAUAAAAAACAUGAACGCAGAACCGAAGAGGAAAUUGAGCAGAGUUCAAGUGAAAAUUAUCAUAAAUCUAGGGAAAAUAGAACAAAUGAAAGCUCAAACAAUGACUUAAAUGUCUCGAAUAGUGAUUUAGCCUUCUUAAACAUGCUUAAAUUGCCUGAGAAAGAUGCCAGAGCAAAGCUAGUGGAGAAAGAAUUAGAACAGAUUAGAGAAUAUUAUUUAGGGCUAAAAAGGGAGAAAAAAAAGGUUCAAAAACCCUCAGAAAAAUUUAAAACGAUAUUCAAUUUUGAAUGGGAUGAAUCUGAAGAUACUACCAGAUUUGACAAUAAUCCAAUUUAUCAAAAUCGUCCUGAGCCACAAUUGUUAUUUGGAAGAGGGUUUAGAGCAGGAAUAGAUGUAAGAGAACAAAGAAAAAGAAAUAGUUUCUAUGAUGAAUUACUUAAAAGAAGAUCUUCACACCCUGAGUGGGCUGAAACUAUCUCAAAAAUACAAUAUUCAACAAAAAAAUCUAGCGAGCUAGAUACUAAUAUCGCAAAUACACAUUGGACUCAAAAGAAACGGGAAGAUAUGACUGAUCGUGAUUGGAGAAUUUUCAGGGAAGAUUUUGAUAUUUAUAUAAGAGGUGGAAGAGUUCCGCCGCCAAUUCGUACUUGGGCUGAAUCACCAUUACCGUGGGAAUUAUUGGAAGCCAUAAAGAAGGCAGGAUACAGUAAACCGACGCCUAUUCAAAUGCAAGCAAUUCCUAUAGCUCUAGAAAUGAGAGAUUUAAUCGGUAUUGCAGUAACCGGAUCCGGAAAGACUGCAGCAUUCGUUCUACCCAUGCUGACUUAUGUAAAAUCACUUCCACCCCUAAAUGAUGAAACUGGUCAAGAUGGACCAUAUUCUCUUAUUCUUGCGCCAUCCAGAGAACUUGCUUUACAAAUAUUUGAUGAAACAAAUAAAUUUGCCGCAUUUUGUAAAUGCAAAACGGUGGCAGUAGUCGGAGGAAGAAGUGCAGAAGUUCAAGCAUUUGAAUUAAGAAGGGGCGCUGAAGUUGUUAUUGGGACACCUGGACGUGUGAAAGAUUGUUUAGACAGGGCUUAUACAGUCCUUUCACAGUGUAAUUACGUUAUAUUAGAUGAGGCCGACCGUAUGAUAGAUAUGGGUUUUGAAGAAGUUGUGAAUGAUAUACUAGACUGCAUACCAACAACUAAUUUGAAAGAUGAUAAUGAGUAUACUGCUAUUGAACAAGAGUUAAGUAUGAAAGCUGGACACAGACGCUACAGAAUUACCCAUAUGUUCUCUGCCACUAUGCCACCAGCAGUUGAAAAACUCACAAGAAAGUAUUUGAGAGCACCAGCGUUUAUAUCGAUUGGUGAUGUUGGAGGUGGUAAGCGUUCUAUUACACAACGUCUAGAAUUUGUCUCUGAAACGAAAAAGAAGAAGGCUCUUCAAGACAUAUUAGAAACCCUAGAACCACCAAUUAUCAUAUUUGUAAACUUAAAAAAAGUAACAGAUGUUAUUGCGAAACAGUUGAACAAGAUGAACUAUCGUGCUGUAUCAUUACAUGGAGGGAAACAUCAGGAUAGCAGAGAAGAUGCACUUGAAGGUUUUAAGGCCGGAGACUACGACAUCCUUGUGGCAACUGAUGUGGCAGGUCGUGGAUUGGAUGUUGAAGGCGUUAAGGCAGUUAUAAACUACGAUAUGCCGAAGGAUAUACAAUCAUAUACACAUCGAAUAGGACGUACUGGGCGUGCGGGACUAAAAGGCUUAGCAAUAUCACUAGUUACAGAAGAUGAUUCCGGAAUUUUUUAUGACCUCAAGCAACUACUCAUCUCAACAGAUAAUGUGGUACCGCAAGAAUUAAGUCAGCAUCCAGCGUCAAAGAUAAAGCCGGCCGCUUCUCAACCAGGUCCAAACAAAACUGGAACGUAG